AUGGAACGUGGUGAAUGGGCAUGGAAACGAAUGAUGAUGAAGGAAAUGGUAUGGUCUGUGGCAGCCAUUGUUGUGAGUUUCAUGGCGAUAAUAAUAUGGCAGAAGCUAUGGUUGAAACCUAGAAGAAUCAGAUCAAUUCUAGAGAAGCAAGGCAUCAGAGGACCAACACCUUCUUUCCCUAUGGGCAACCUCUCUGAGAUUAAACACAUUCAAUCACAGUUCUCCAAUCUCUCCUCCUCCACCUCACAUCCUGAACAUUGGUUUCACUCUUUAUUCCCAUUUCUCCAACAGUGGAGAAAACAAUAUGGUUCAACAUUCAUGUACACCACUGGACAUAAGCAACAUCUAUAUGUGGGAGAUCCCAAAUUUCUCAAAGAACUAAAUAGGAUAAAGACAUGGGAUCUUGGUAAGCCUACUGAAAUGUCCAAAAAUGUGAAGUCAUUGUUUGGUUCUGGCAUUAUCCGAGCCAAUGGACCCCACUGGUCUUUCCAAAGGAAUCUUAUUGCUCCACAGUUUCACCUCUCCAAGAUUCAGAACAUGGUGGACUUUGUGGAGGAAUCUACAAAGGCAAUCAUGAGGAAAUGGGAAAGUAUUAUAGAAGAAAGUGGAGGUAAAAUGGCAGAGAUUAUCAUUGACAAUGAUAUGAAGGAACUCACUGGUGAUAUCAUUUCCAAGAAUUGGAUGGACAAUCCUGUUAGUAUGCUGAAACAUAAUUCCAUUUCAGCAUAG